AUCUGUGCCGCAUACGAGGCGGAGCUGCGCUAAAGAGGUCCGUUCGUUUCGCUCCAUGUAAGCCGCAUGCCUGCCUUCUUUAUGGGAAGUCGAGACAAUUAUUUUUCUGUCUUGCUUUUCGGGGUUGUUUAGUUGUGUCGUUGUGCUUUGAAGAUGCCGGUUUUGAAUGAUGUUGCGAGUUCAUUGAAUGGAGCCAGAGAUGAGUCGGAUCAGAACCAGAACCAGCCGGAAACAAGUAACAGUGAUCCUUGCGCCCAAGUAGAGGUCAAAGCUGCAUUGAUUGGAGACAAUAUCAUUUUUGCUACUUUGCCCGUCGAGGGAUCCGGGGAAGCAGCAGGAGAGCCCGGCUUACAUUCAGUAUCGGCCAGCCUGCCCGAGCUGAGUAUUGAAUCGACAGAGAAUAUCCCGAACAGCAACUUCGACGCGAAACUGGAUGGCUUCUGGUACGAUCGCACUUCAGUCUACGCUUUUGGGCAAUCUGGCAACGUGAUCGAGUAUGACACCUCCAAAGACAAUGGCUGGCAGACAGUGCAGCUUGAUCAAGUUGACAUCCCAACGGGCUCAAUGACCAGUGACCCUUCGUAUGGGCGUUCCAUUGCUGCGAAACUGGAUGCCGGCAGUACGACGAUUACUGUAUUCGACACAUCUGCGAACGAGCCGAAGAUACGAACUUUAAAUCCACCGCCGUCUGGUCCGAAUCAACUUGCUAGAGAAGAUGAAGCGGUAUUCUUUUUGCCGAUUGGCAAAUCAGGGGCUCUCGUCGUACUAGGAGGUCAACAUUGGGAACCUGGUAGCACUGGCCCAGUCGAUCUCCCGCUCACUGACAUCGACUUUCUCGAUAUUGAAGCUGGGAAAUGGACUAAAGUGGUUUUGACGACGCCUGAUGCGUCCAAGGUGCCCGGAGCUAGGUCAAAGUUCUGCGGAUGGGUGGUGCCAUCGCAAGACGGCAAAUCAUUCUCCAUUGUCAUUCACGGCGGUAGAACGGCGGAUGCCACUGGGCAGCCAAUCAUAUACGGUGACGUGUGUAAGUCAUUCUACUUCAGAAAACAAGUGAGCGUUCCUGAACCAGAUAGGGAGUCUGAGCGUUCCGGCGUUCACUUGGACCAAGAUACGCCACAGCAAUGCUCUCGACGACAAUGCGCUUGGUGAAUUUGAGAAGCGCCACCAGAGAUACAACCAUGUCUGCCUGAAACAUGGCGACAGCUUUGGUAUUGCUCUAGGAGGCUCAAGCACUCCCGAGACCACGGGGUCAUGCAAAAGACAAACCUCCGGGGCUCCAGGCGAUACCUCAGUAAUAGACUUCUCUACAUUCCAGCUCGUCGACGAGUGGGACCUCACACAAAACAAUCCUCCCUUCUCCGAUCCAGGAGCCAGCACCCCGAACCCAUCCAUCCCCGCCGAAAUCACCGCCCUCUUCCAAACCACUUUGGCCCCCGCUCCAACCCUCACAGCCUCGCCCACCAACUCACCAAUCCCAACCACUACCACCACCGCAA